CUCCCUCCCUGACAAGAAGAAAAUGCAAGAAACCAUAGCACUGUAUGCAGCCCCUGCUUUACACCACAUGGUGUCCAUGGUGGAGCUUGGGAAGCUGAUUCUGCAUUAUCACCCACAAUUCACCCUCACAGUUCUGGUUGCAGCGAUGCCAGCAACGGCCAGCGCUACCACCUCCUACAUCGAUCGAAUCUAUAAUGAGACCAAUCUUCCUAUAUCCUUCUUCCAUCUCCCUCCUGUCCAUUUACCAGUCCGUCAACCAAGUGGAUAUCGCUUUCGAAUUUAUGAGGCUCAACAUCCCGGGUGUUCGGGAUGCCCUCCAAAACAUCUCUGCCGACUGCGCAGUUCGCGCACUUAUAACUUCAGCCUUCCACAUCCCACAUCAUUUUCUUCAAAUUCCUACUUAUUUUUACUUCACAUCUUGUGUUUCUGUUCUAUCUUUUUUCUUGCAGUUGCCUGCCAUCCACAACCAGACAAGCAAGAGCUUUGGAGCCUUGGAGGACACCGUCUUGCACUUACCGGGCCUUCCUACCAUAAGAGCCUCUCUCCUACCUGAACCAUUACUUGAUCGCAAUGCUUCCACCUAUCAUCACUUCCUUGAUUCUGCUCGAUCUUUGCCCAAAUUUCAGGGGCUUAUAGUUAACACCUUUAACUUGCUUGAGCCAGAUGCAAUCAAGGCUGUUGCAGAUGGUGUUUAUGUUCCAGACGGCACGACUCCACCUCUCUAUUGUAUUGGGCCACUCAUAGCAGACGAAAAAGAUCGCACUAUUGGCCGUGUUGCUUCGCCAGAUGUAUCAACAGUGCCUGUCAAUGAAUGUUUGUGCUGGCUAGACUUGCAGCCAAGCAGAAGUGUUGUCUUCUUGUGUUUUGGCAGUCGGGGUGCAUUCGAUAGUGCACAAGUGAAGGAGAUUGCUCUUGGGUUGGAGAGAAGCGAGCAACGGUUCUUGUGGGUGGUGAGAAAUCCACCACCAAGUAUUGCAACCGAGCCAGAUUUAGACCACCUUCUGCCUCAAGGGUUCUUGGAAAGGACCCAGGACAAGGGUCUAGUAAUAAAGUCUUGGGCACCACAAGCUGCCAUACUUAAGCAUGAAUCAGUGGGGGGAUUCGUGACUCAUUGCGGGUGGAACUCGGUGUUAGAAGCAGUGAGUUCUGGGGUUCCGAUGGUGGCUUGGCCAUUGUAUGCAGAGCAGCGCAUGAACAGCGCGGUCCUUGUGGAGAAAAUGAAGCUGGCGGUGCCGAUCAGCGAGUCCAUAUGGUCAUAUGAAAAAGGAAAAGAGGGGGAAUUCAUGGUUAGUGCAGAGGAAGUGGAGAAAAGGGUAAGGCAGUUGAUAAUGGAGGUGAAUAUGAGAGAGAGGAGCGCCGAGACGAAGGAGAGAGGCAUCGCGGCUUGGACCGAGGGCGGUUCCUCCUCCUUAGCAUUGUCCCAAAUGGUGGGUUCAUGGAACCAAGGCUGACUACUGCUUUAAAGUGUAAGGGUUGCUCCUUGAGAGAGAAUGAUAUUUUCUGCUUCAUCUCUUGAGGAUGACUGAUUCCUAAUCGUGGUAUUGCCGUAGGAUGAAUGAAUAAAUGCUGUCGAAGUUUGCAUUCCGAGAAGUCGAUCGCAUUACCUUUUUGCUGCUUGAUGUGUUGGCUUGCCGCGAUCUGCUGCACUUUGUUAGAUCCUCUCGUGUUUAAGCACGCCGACCUUUCUGUUAGCCUUGAUGUUGGGCUUGGAAGAGAAUCAACCCAACCUAAAGCAAAAGUACUGUUACGUAGGGUUUUGGCUUAUUCUUUUCAGAUGUGAGAGAGAGAGAGAGAGAGAGAGUUUUUGAUACCAGAUUGAGUUUGCGAAUUAAGAUGGCUGGGAUUUUGCCCCAAAACAAGUUCGCAAAUUUAGGAUUCAAGCCAUCGAUUUUGAGCUAAUUUGUGGAGUUCGAGCAAAUCGUGAAGCUUGAUCAGCAUUUCGAGCUCGUAAAUUAAGGUUUCAAAUCGUGGAUUUUGAAGCGAAUUGAGCAAAUACUCAAAUUAUAAUUGGAGCAAAGCAAUGAAAUUUU